AUGAGCCCUCAAUUGGACCCAUCGGCCCCAAGCCCUGCGGCCCCCUCGAACACUGCGUCUUCCCAGUCUAACGGAACUAGGAUAAUAACCAUCGUGUCCGGCUGCGUCGGGGGCUUCAUUAUCAUCCUUGCCGCAGUUCUGGUCAUCGUCCCGCUUUCCCGGCGGUAUCAAGAACAGAGGCAGCAAAAACGAGCAGACUCCGAGCACGGUUCCCUGCGCGGUCAUCAGCGGAUCAUGUCUGGACCAGACUCCUCCGUACCGCUCUUGAUCCCUGAAGAACAAGAGUCCGAGAAGGCUCAAGCCCGCAAGAUGCCCUACGAUCCUAGUGUAAACAGCGGAGAAGCGUCGGGUUCUUUACCAGUCGGUCACAUCGUCGAUCACUCCACCCAAUUAUUGCAGGAUUAUGAUCCUUGGGGCGGCAAUGCUGCAACCUCCAUACCUCGGCCUCUACGACCUCCACCCACCCUUCAUAGAGCGAAAACGCGUGUCCCUCAUACCCCCAUGGCCACGUUGCCUGAGGAUGGACCGUCGGACGCGGCCCCUGUUCCUGUUCCAUCCCCUGUCCCUACCUCACCGACUUCCCCAUCCACGAAUUCUGAUGCGCACCCGACCUGGUUACAUAUACCAAAACCACCCUCACAUAGCGGCAUCCCACUAAUCGGAGCCUUCCGCAGCUCGAUGUCAUCCACGACCUCUACGAACACGACGCUCCCCUCCCUGCAACACUAUCCUUCACUCUCUUCACGGUCUCGUUCGCCAACCACGUUCUAUUCAUUAUCUUCGUCAUCUUUGUCGUCAUCUGCUGCGCGCGGACACGGUGUUGUGACUGAACAUGGAGAGCUUUAUCCGCCGCCGGCUCGGCUCCGCGCGUCAGGAGGUCCGCACCAGAUGCUGGAGGUUCAGCCUGCUUCCCAUUUGCCACCGUCAAGACAGGCAAGCUUGUUAAGCGCCGUUCAUGCGCAAGCGUCUCAUCCGGAGCGAGACGAUCAGGGCCCCCAAGGUGGCUUCACGACAAGUACCAGUGCAUCUUCGCUGUCAGUGUACACUGAUGCACGAUCAAGCCUGGUAGAUGAGAACGGCAGGCCCAACGGGGAAAUACCUCGGUGGAAUCCUAUGUCAAUGAUCUCAUCAUAUUGGACUCUAGGUCAACCGUCAUGA